AGCCCCACAGGACCACAAGCUGUUCUGGACUCUUCGUUUUCCCGAGAACAAAAUCCCUUCGGCUUACCGUCUGCUCUCGAAACAGUUUCACCCAAUACACCCCUUCUACUGAAUCCGGUUUUCCCCAAUGUCAGGCGUUUCGAUUGCUCGGAUACGAGGAGAUAAUCGCUUCUACAACCCGCCAGCUAUACGGCAGCAGCAGCAGAGAAAAAAGCUAGAGGACGAGAAGCAUCAGAGGCAGUCGGUGGAUUCAGAUGACUGUGCGACUUCAUACAGUUCCGGUUCGGGUCGGGGAGUGAUGAGCGAUACUACGAAUUUGGAUCGGUUUUUGGAGUACACCACACCUGUGGUUGCGGCUCACUAUUUUUCGAAGACAAGUGUGAGGGGAUGGAGGAGUCGCGAGGCAGAAUUACAUCCAUACUUUGUGCUUGGAGAUUUAUGGGAAUCUUUCAAGGAGUGGAGCGCGUACGGUGCAGGUGUCCCUCUUUUGUUGAAUGGGAGUGACUCUGUUAUCCAGUACUAUGUUCCUUACUUGUCCGCUAUUCAGCUCUAUGUAGACCCAUCAAAGUCCUCAACGAGAAUAAGGCCUGGUGAUGAGAGUGAUGCAGAGUCAUCGAGGGAGACAAGUAGUGAUGGCAGCAGUGAUUAUGGAACAGAAAGAGGAUUCAACAAUGUUCCUUAUGGUACUUUAGGUUGGCAGAAUGCUACAGAUGUAAAUGGCCAUGGUUGGAAUAAAACCUUACCGAGAACUAAACCCUUAAAUGGUUCCUCAAGUGAUGAAAGUGGUGAGGCUUGCAACCCUCCUGGUCAACUUAUCUUUCAGUAUAUGGAGCAUGAUCAACCAUUUGGUCGUGAACCUUUGGCUGAUAAGAUUUCAUUUCUUGCAUCUCAAUUUCCAGAGCUGAGGACUUACAGGAGCUGUGAUCUAUCACCUUCUAGUUGGAUUUCUGUAGCAUGGUAUCCGAUAUAUAGGAUACCUACAGGUCCAACUUUGCAGAGCCUAGAUGCCUGCUUCUUGACCUUUCAUUUCGUAUCGACUCCCACAAAGGGUGCAAGCACUGAUAGGCUUCAGUUUGGUGGUGCUAGAGACAAUCAAAAUGCCAAUUUCAAACUAUCAUUGCCAAUCUUUGGGCUUGCUUCGUACAAGUUCAAAAUUCCCUUUUGGAAUUCUAAUGGAGUUUCUGAAUGUCAAAGGGCUGAUUUUCUAUUGCGAGAAGCUGACAACUGGCUGAGGCGAUUGCAAGUUAAUCAUCCUGAUUUCAAUUUCUUUGUGUCGCACAGCAUUCCAAAGAGGUGAGAAGGAGAAUUAUAAUCAGCUUGCAGUUAUCAUCCCAAUGUAAAAGGGAUAUAACCUACUGAUGACGAAAACCCUUUUCACCGGCCAGUUUUUUAUGUUAUUGGUUGGAUGUCAGUUCGCACUCCUGUCGUUAUAUUACAGACUUGGCCCUUGAUAUCUUAUAUUAUCAUCAAAGGAGGAUUAAGAGUGAUUUUGACUUUGUGAGGGCUUUGAUAGGCUGAAAGAAGAAAUAGUGAUGAAAUUAUCGUUAAUAAAGGCCUUUUAAUAUG